AUGGCCGAAGAUAUCCCAUCAUCGGCUAGAACCGAGCAGGUGGUCCAAAGCACCAAGAACAUCUUGGAAGCCAUCCAGUUCCUACGCGAGGAGGUUAAGGGUUUGAGACAGGCCUUGCGCGACGGCGAGCUUCGCAUUCGGAACCAGGCGUCGCUGAUUUCAGCUCACCUUUCCCACCGAGACUCAGAAACCAACAUUGAAACAGCCGCCGCCAGUCGGGAUUUCGCAGCCGCCGCUCACCGAGACAGUUCAGCCAUGAAGAGCAUUGCCAUUUUGACCAUGCUCUUUCUUCCAGGCAUGUUCUUCGCGGCGCUCUUUGCGAUGCCUUAUUUUGGCAGCUUCAAUCAACCCAGACACUUCGUCAUGUAUUGGGCCUUCACGAUCCCUGCUACCGUCGUCACAUUUGCCAUCUGGGCUGCUCUGACGCAACGAUCGGGCGUGCAGGAGUGGGUAAAGAUGUUACCUCUGUGCUCAAAAUGGCCUUGGGGAUUUUGGCGUGGCAAACGAGGAGAGGACUUGGGGGAGGAUGAGGAGCAAGGGAAGAAGAUGGUAUGA